GGACCUUGUGCUCAAAAUUGACUGUCAAAUAACUUUAUUAUGUCUAUAUAUUGAACCCUCAAGCUCAAAUCACAGGAUGCAGAUUUCUCAAAUAACAUUAAUCAUGUAAUUGCGUUAUAGCAUCCAUUGUUCCAUCUUGAUCAGAGUUAACGACACAUCACAGCAAAUACAAUCUCGGCGCAUUAUGUUGGGAUGCCGUAACAUUAAUGUGUGAGAAGGUGCAAUUUGCGUUCAUGUUGGGAAUGUAUCGUUAAACUGUUUCGUAGAGUACGCGCACUGUGUACAUAGUGCACGAUUUAAAGUGCUGUGAACACACAAUCAUCUCGUCUCAAUAACAACUCGGGCUGCAAAGUUCAACGCGUUCCGCAAAAGCGACUAAAUUGAUCUUCCAGCUCCAGCGUGUUGAAAUUUCGCUCAGCACAACAACAAAAAGUGUGCCACGUGACUCGUCAGCUGACUCUCCUGUGUCUUUCAUAAGAGCAAACCCGAGAGCUCGAGACAUCACAACAACCGGUCGACCCGGCGCGCGCGACUUUGUGGAGGUGGAGCUGCAUUUGUUCUCCUCUCUUCUCGGGAAAGGACGACGAAGACCGUCCGGGCUUGCGCUUUUUUUUUGGAGCGCUGCUCCUGUACCCCUUCGCGCAGACCGGCCAACUCGCAUUCCUCGGAGGAUUCCUGCCGUCAGUCGGGACCAUGAAGCUGCCCGCCUCCUCCGGACUGGUCGCCUGCGCCCUGGUGUUAAUGUGGCCGCUGUUCGGCUCGUGUCACCCCGCACAGACCCCCCAGCAGCCGCCGCAGCAGCUGCUGCAGCCCAGGCUGCUGUUCCUGGAGCAGUUCAGGCGACACAGUGUGGGCUUUAACUGGAGUAACGCCAGCUGCUCCUUCUGCAAAGGGAUCUUCAGCAUCCUGGAUGUCAUCCUCCUGAGCACCACGAAUGAAGAGCGCGUGGCGCGUGCCGUCGGAGAGGCCUGCGUCACUCUCCACCUGGCCGAUGAGCAGGUGUGUCGAGAGAUAACGGAGUUGUUCCGGGACGACUUCCUGCGGGCUCUGGAGCAGUCCCUGCUGUGGCCCACUGAGGCGUGCGGCGUGCUCGUGGGCCCUUCCUGUGGCAAGUUUGACAUGUACGCCCCGUGGAACAUCACCCUGCCGAAGGUCCGAAAGCCCCCCGUCACGCCGCCCGUUCUUCCCAAACCCGGCUCGCCGCAAAGCAGGGUCCUGUUUCUAACCGACGUCCACUGGGACAAGGAGUAUUCAGCCGGCAGCGCCGGAGACUGCAAGGAGCCGCUGUGUUGUCGUCAAGACUCCGGCGUUCCCAGCUGGCGGCAGAGGGAGGCUGGCUACUGGGGAACCUACAGCAAGUGUGACCUCCCUCUGUGGACGGUGGAGAACCUCCUGGAGAACGCUGCCCGAGACGGGCCCUGGGACUGGGUCUACUGGACCGGGGACAUACCGGCGCACAAUGUUUGGUCUCAGACCCGGAAGCAGCAGCUGUCGGAGCUCACGGUCAUCUCCAGGCUCAUCCACAAACACCUGGGGCCCAACGUGACGGUCUACCCUGCCGUGGGGAACCACGAGAGUACCCCGGUCAACAGCUUCCCCCCUCCAUUCAUUCAUGGCAACCGAUCCUGCUCCUGGCUCUACGACACCAUGGCCGAGGAGUGGGCGCCGUGGUUAACGGAGCAGGCUUUGAAGACUUUAAGAUACGGAGGCUUCUACACGCUGGAGAUCGAGCCCGGUCUGAGGGUGGUCUCUCUCAACAUGAACUUUUGUGCGCGAGAGAACUUCUGGCUGAUGGUGAACUCCACGGAUCCGGCUAACCAGCUGCAGUGGCUGGUCCACAUCCUUCAGGGCAGUGAGGACAAAGGAGAGAAGGUCCAUAUAAUUGGUCACAUUCCACCUGGCCUGUGUCUUGGCAGCUGGAGCUGGAACUACUAUCACAUUGUCAACAGAUAUGAAAGUACAGUCACCGGACAGUUUUUUGGCCACACCCAUUUCGACGAGUUCGAGAUGUUUUACGACGAGGCCACCAUGACCCGCCCCGUAGGAGUGGCAUUCAUCGCCCCCAGUGUCACCACCUACAUUAACCUGAACCCAGGUUUCCGUGUCUACUACGUGGACGGGAAUUACCACGGCAGUUCCAGGCUGGUGCUCGACCACGAAACCUACAUCCUCAACCUCACGGAGGCCAACCACAGCCCGGGAGCGCCGCGCGCCCCGGUGCUGAACCCCAAGUGGACCCUGCUGUACCGCGCCACCGAGGCCUACGGUCUGACCAGCCUGUUCCCCUCCGACUACGACGGGAUGCUGCGGACCUUCCUGAAGGACGACCGGGCCUUCCAAAAGUUCUGGCACUUCCGGCACAAAGGACACGUGUCGGAGCCCUGCAGGGAGACGUGCAAAACCACGCUGCUCUGCCUCCUGCGGAGCGGCCGCUACGACGAGCUGGAGCUGUGCGACUUGCAGCACGGUUUUGGAGGGAACAUGGCGCGGGCUGCCAGAAAGACCCUCUGUUGACCAGGGGGGGGGGGGGGGGGUCAGGGCGGUCAGACUGAAGGAAAUGACCGAAACUGAAAUUCUGCUGAAGUGAAUUAUAAUCUUUAGCUGGUCGUUCAACAAGCAACGUGUUGGUUUUUAAGAGUAAAGUUACGAGAGCCGUUGAUGUGAAUCUGACCGAAGAACUCGGUUACGCGUUAUCGGUAAUGUUUAUUUCCCAAAGACGUACGAUUGUAACGCGCCUCGGGUUUGUCAACCCCUGCUUUGGAUGCAAUGUCGUGAAGGCUUUAAUCGAAAGCUGUUCUGUUUACUUGACAUGCAGGAGUUUGGUCAACGGUCAUAAUUUAUGCAAUUCUGUUAUACUCGGUGCCUUCUAUCAGGAAGAAUUGUGAAACAUGUCUCGCCUUAAUCUUAUUCUAUCGAAUAGCGUUAACUCAAAGAUGAUUCUGUGUCCGUGAAGAUUAAAUAUAACGAGACACAAUCUCAAUUUCUGGUAGAUUGUGGCUGUGUCACAACGUGAAGCGAAUAAGUGUCGCUCUAUUGAACAUGGACUGAUGGAUCGCUUCUUGAGGUGUGUGUUGCAGUCUUUUGGGACUUUUUAGCACCUUGUGGAGAUUUAGACCAGUAAAGUAUUUACUUUAUUUCAGAGCAUCAGCUGCCUCUAAAUAAAGGAACCGUUUCUCCCACUGAGGCUUAGAGCUGUCUGCACUUUAGUUGUUAGGCUAGUUCACUUUCAGGUGUGGUUGACCUGAAGUGACACGAACAGGAAGUCUCCGCUCGGUCUCUGCAACCUUUGGUGCAACACGUGAUGAGAAAUGCAUCUUGUGAAAUGAGCAACGGUGUAUUGUGAAUUAUGCUAUAAGCUGAUGUAUUAAACUGAAUUGUGAUUGUAAAAUCGAUCAAGCCAACUUUAUAUAUUUUAAUGAUUUGGUGUCUGCUCCCUGUUUUGUUUUUUUGAAAUGCCAAAUAAAAAAUCUCAUGCAGAUGA